UUUGACGAUGUUUCAAGGUUCUCACAUUGUAAGAGUUACAGCGUGCUGUUAUUUCAUGAGGCUUAAACUCUUCGUGACAGUAACAGAAUGCGUGGCGUGAGUGCAGAAGUCGGACGGGGCUCGUAGUCGGAGAGAGAGACUGAACGAGAAAAAGGAAAGAAAAAAAGAGAACUGUUCCCUUCGGAAAGAACAAAAAAUAAGUGUAUAUGUAUAGAAUAACGAAGUAAAUAUGAGCGAAGAAGUGGAUUGCGACACGUGGUUCGACGCGCCGUCCCCCGACGAGCUGCCUUCGACACCGCGCGGGCGCAGUCCGGACUCCGGCAUAGUGGCCAUGGCGUCGUCAGCGUCGACGUCGACGUCGUCGUCGUCGGCGGUUACUGCUGCUGCUGUGGCUUUGAUCCACCGGGCCGUGGCGCGACGCAGGGCUCGGUCCCGGUCCGCGUCAGACGUUAGUGUGGACGACAGUGGCAACUGCAGCGACGCGUUUGCGAGUGCCAACAAAUUGCGGCGGUCGGUGUCGAGUGAGCUUUGCUUAGAACUGUUUGUCGGCGAGGAAGACGAUGAGAUGGAAGAUGGUGGCGAAGAAGAAGAAGAGGAGGACUCUGGCAAUGGGAGUCCGAUGCCCAAAACCGGGUGGCCUGAAAAUACACUUGCGGAAGCUCGACUGGCCGCUCGUCGAGCAGCGAGAGCCGAGGCGCGACAAAUCCGCCUCAAGGAAAUCGAGCGACGCAAGAAGGAGCAGAAGGAAGAGGCCGAAGGCACUGAGGAUGAUUCCGGAGCGCCGGUUACCCCGUUGUCGGGGGCGUCUUCGUCUUGCGGGGAACCGCCGCCACAGGCGCCUGCACCCCCGCCGAUGCCCCGUGGCGGUUAUCGGGGAUCCCUGGCGCCGUCCGGCACGGGCUCGUUGUCGUCGGGCAGUCGACGAUCGUCGCAGGACUCUCUGAAUGAGGAGAAGGAACUGCCGAUGGGGAUGCGUGAACUCAAGCUCUUGCAAGUUCCGUUGCGUCGAGUGUGUGUCGCAGGCGUCGGUGACGGGAAGCGUUUUCGGUGUGUUCUUGUGUCGAAGCAUGUCGUUCCGGUGACUGUUACGUGUGUUUAUUUGCCGCGUCUCGGUUGCACGGUGAAACCGCCGAUUAUCGCUGGCGCAUCGCCUGACGCGCAAGAGUAUCGUGAAUUGGAAGAGCGAUUCAACAAGGCCAUGAUCCUGAAUGCGCAGAUGGAUAAUGAGAAAUCUGGCUUGACCUACCAGGUGGAGAAUCUGAAAGACAUCAUCGUCGAGCUUCAGGAAAGCCUUCUCAGCCUUCAAAAAGAGUACAAGAUCAAGUCGCGAGAUUGUGACGCCUUGCGUCGUGCUGCCGAAAGCUUAAAGGAGGACAAUCGGAAAUUGAAGGCGGAGAUUGUUGAACGUGAUAAACUGAUUAAUGAGGUCGGUCUAGUCAUGGUGUACAGCGAAGAGCUGGACGAGGAAGGAAAAGCGAAGCGAGCCUUGGUGACGCGUGAGUCAGCGCAGUUGCUGGAUGAGGCCGGCGAAGGAUCCCUCGAUGUGAGAAUCAAGAGAUUCGCUGAAGAGAAGAACGAGCUCCAAGAUACGAUUCGUAGAUUGAAUCUUGAUUUGGAGGAAGAGCGAAGCAAGAAUUCGAAGUUCACCAAAUUGAUGGCUUCGAGUCCGACGACAAACGGACCGUCUAGCACCGAUGAAUGGAUCGAUUACCAAAAGGAAAAUAAUCGCCUGGUAGCUGAAUAUAAAGCACGUGUGCAGCGGUCAGAGCAAGAAAUACUCACGCUGCAAGCGAACGUUUCGCGUUUGGAAAGCCAGGUGACAAGGUACAAGACGGCAGCGGAGGCCGCUGAGAAAAACGAAGAGGAUUUGAAGCUCGAAAAGAGGAAGCUUCUACGUGAGUUGAGGGAGUCCCAAGAAAAGUUGGAGGAAGUCGAAACGAAGCGAUCACAUUUGGAAAAACGGCUCGAGAAAGUGAAAAAUGCGAAAUCGGCUCUGCUGAAAGAGAUUUCCGAAAGCUAGCCGCUGGUUACGUUGAAAGAAACUGGCUUGUAUGCUGUGCGACACCCGAGUUUUUCCGCUGUCGGAAGUAGGGAAAAAACGGAGACUGGACGAUUUUAGAGGAAAAAAUAUUCUAAGGCCCCGGAGCAUGUGUUAGCAGUAUUUAAUUUUUUUUUUAAGAAACCUGUAAGAUUUGCUCAUUUCUUCCGACGCCGAAAGGCUCGUCAUUCCCAAGUUUCCUUCAAUGAAAAAAAAAGGUUUCCUCAUAAUUCCUAGCUUGGGUUCCCGAAUGUGUUUUUAUAAGUUGUUUCUCAGCGCGAUGACGAGUGUGGAAGGAGCUUCCGCUCUCUUGUGUCGAGUUUUAAAGCUGGUUGAAAGUCGAGUUCCAUUUGAUAUUUGUAGAGGCGCGCGAAUUCGUAAGUAUUGUGCUGUGAUACGUGCAUAACUUUUUUUUUUUCGAUGUCGAGCCACGGCUGGAAAAAUGUUUGCCUUCGUUUUCCGCGUCGGGGAUGUGAUGUCUCCGGUCAGGCUUCCAUCUUCAGCUGGUGUCUUUUCGAGGUGUUAUCCAUGAUGAGCUCCUGAUGCUGCGCUUGCUUCCGUGUUUUAUGAGACUGGAUUUUUUGUGAAAGCGAUUUUUUUUGUUUUUCGUCAACCGGUGUACUGAGGGAUGGAUACACCACAAGAUCCCGUCGCACUGCCCGCCAAUUCUUCUCGAGAUUCGGGUGUUGAAAGUUUUAAGGCGCAGCUCAUCUGACCUUCAUCCAUUUUCAGUCAACCCGUUCUGUUUUAGUUUUUAAUGGAUUUUCGUCUUUCGCUUCGUUAUCUCAAGUCGUGCUGACGGAUGUUCAAGUUUCAUUCCACCUGUUUCGGGAGUUGUGGGAAAAACCGUGCCAGGAUGAAAAUGUUUCCGAUUUAUUUUGGACUGCGAAUUUGAAUUUCGCCGAGACAAUUUUAGAGGGGCAAAGUUCGACUUGAGUCGGCAAUCUUCGUAGCCAUCAAUAUCGUUAGAGCUCUCACUAUUUUCGGCGUCCGAAAACGAUUUUCGUUUUCGGACGAGGCGAUUCUGGAAAACCGAGGCGGUUAUUGGGCAGUGCGCUGGAGGAUUGCUGGUCGUUCCUCAUCACGAAAGAUACGAAAGAGCACAUUGAAAUGUCCGCAAGUAGUACCAUAUACAGUACUUCUUUUUCGUUGGUUUCUGUUGUCGUGAGUAAGCGUGCGAAAACUGUGAGCGGAAAAUGUGAACGACAAGGUAAGAGUUUCUGGCGAGAAAAAAAAAGAAGAAAGAAAUGCGGCGAUGACGAGACAGUGCCUCCAACUUCCGCUUGCGAAUGGCAGGGAAAAAAUAUCUUGUGUUAUUUCGUUAUGAUUUUAACGACCACUUCUUGUUUGGGUUGAAUACAAACUCGAACUGUGCUUACGAA